AUGAAUCUACUAAAUGUCAAAACUCUACGACUCGAGAAGUGCAGAGAUGGCACGCCCUAUGCGAUACUGUCCCAUCGAUGGGCUGACGGAAAGGAGUUUCUCUACGAGCAUAUCACGAGCGAUAUGACCGAAAGUCAGAGAAACGUUCACCCAGGCUACGCUAAAGUCGCCAGUGCUUGUAAACAGGCACGGCUGGAUGGCCAUGGCUACAUUUGGAUCGAUAAUUGCUGUAUCGACAAGAAUUCAAGCGCAGAACUCAACGAAGCCAUCAACUCAAUGUUUAACUAUUAUAAGGAAGCUCAAGUCUGCUACGCCUAUCUCGCAGGUUUAUCCCAUACAAUAGACCCUUACGAAGCAGAUGAAUUCGCCACCCAUGAAUGGUUUUCCCGUGGAUGGACGCUUCAAGAGCUCAUUGCACCAACAGAAGUCCUCUUCUUUACUGACGGUGAAAAACGAGAGGAGAAUGGCGAUCCAGACGGUUGCUCAGAUGAAGAACCGGAAAAUGAGCGCGUACAAGAUGAAUUCAGAAGCAACUGGGUAUGUCUGGGGCGGAAGUCUAGCAUGUGCGAUAGACUUUCUUCCAUUACUGGCAUAGACAGUGGUAUUCUGUCUCAUACUCGCGAUAUGCGAUCAAUCAGCGUGGCUAAACGCAUGUCAUGGGCAUCCAAACGAGUAACUACGAGAAUUGAAGACCGUGCAUAUUGCUUGUUGGGACUUUUUGACAUAAGCAUGCCAAUGUUAUAUGGAGAAGGCGAGAAAUCAUUUAUUCGACUGCAAGAAGAAAUCAUGAAGGAAUCAAACGACGAAUCUCUCUUCCUGUGGACAGACGACAGUGCAGACCCGAAUGCAAUCGCAGGCCUUCUUGCUCGAUCUCCGGAUCAGUUUAAAGCAUCGAGCCAUUUCUUCCCGUACUACGACUGGGAACCACGCGCGCCAUUCUUCAAGACGAAUCAGGGACUUCAAAUCACCCUCCCACUACGUCGGGUAGAGGAUGACAUUUACGUUGCGUCUCUUAAUUGCUGUCAACCAAUGAAGACGGACGGUUUUGCCGGAUUGUGCCUGAAGAGAAUGACCAACUUCACGGAUUCUGAUCAAUCGGGCUACCACGACCAGUAUGCGCGCAUCAAAACCGACAAAAUCUUGUCCAUCGAUUCUGCGGCGGAUCGCGGAAAUGUUCAGACAUUUUAUGUUCGCCAGUCAACAGCUUUGCCGCCUUCGCUCCAUGUCUAUCCAGAACACAUUGUGCAGCUUCGCCAUGGACCUGCAUUGGAUCAAGGUUACAGACUUUUGGGAACCAUGGGACGGCAGACGUCCAACGCGUUGAGUAUGACCUCUUCGUGGGACUGGGUUCCCGCAGGCAUCCGAGUAGCUUUUCAAGUCCCGAAAGAUGCAAACUGUUUGGCAGCAGUCAUUGUUCUCGCGCGUAUAGAUGAUACGAAAUUAACUGUUUUGUUGGGCUCAUCUGCGGAUCCGGGACAAGUUGCCUCUCACGUACUCGAUGGAUGUGAUGAAAAGAGGCCAUUUGGCGAAUGGGAACGUUUUUUCCGGCCACAGCCACCCGACCACGUCAGUUAUUUACAAGACGAACAUGUGUGGACGAAUAUUGUCUCAAGGGUUGUUGAUGCACGGAAAUAUUUCGUUGUGGAUAUCGUUAUUGAAAGAAUUCCGUCCAUCUUUGACGAGCUAGUAGAUGUACUCGAGGAAACACCGCUGCGAGAAGCCUUGACCGUCGUCGAUAGAUUUGCCAGGGUAGACACAGGUACUUCAGAGUCACCUCUAGUGGAAAAGCCCCCACCCAAGGCUGGUAGAUUUAAAGGCAUACUAGGUCGUCGAAACGCUCCCAAAUAG